AUGAAGACGGUGCUGCUGCUGUUUGUUGUGCUGGCUGUGGCCACCGGGCCAGCCCGGGCGCUCCAGUGCCAUGUGUGUGUCAGCACCUCCAACUGCAAGCAACCACAGACGUGCCCAGCCAGCUCUCGCUACUGCAGGACCAUGAUGACCGUGGAAUCGCUGUCGGGGAACCUGGUGAGGAAGGAGUGUGCUGACUACUGCGUGCCCAACCAUGCCCAACAGGGCCAGGUCAGCAGUGGAUCAGCCACCACCAUGUGCUGCCAGGGUGACCUGUGCAAUACCAGCCUCAGCGGAGCCCCAGCACUCUCCAGGGCAGCCACGCUCGGGUUGGCACUGGCCCUCGGCCUCCUGGCUUUGGUCCUGGCCCCCAGCCUGUGA